UGCAAAACUAGUUUUGUUGGCAGCAGUUUGCAAUAAAAAUGGAGCCUAUCUCGCAUCUCGUCAAAGUUUCCUUGCCGAAUUAUUUGUCGAAUUUGCCACUUCCGGAUUCGAUCGGAGGAUGGUUCCGACUGGGAUUCAAGGAUUGGCUUCGACUCGUUCCCUUCGGUGCCGCUGUUGGAGGCCUCGGCUACAUGUCCUACAGAGCCUUCUGUCCGAAGGGCCGCCGCUGCCAGGGAAAAGUUAAUCCUAACAUCAAGAAGGACGUGGCAAAGGUAGUGGACUCGGUCGAUAUUGAGGAUAUUACCGAAAAGGCUGCUUUCUGCCGGUGCUGGAGAAGCAAGAAGUUCCCCUAUUGUGAUGGAAGCCACGGCCCAAUGAAUAAGGAGCUGGGAGACAAUGUUGGACCCAUCAUUGUCAAACACAAGUAGUCACACCUGCCUUGCCUGGCGAGUAAGACACCCCUCAGCCACUAGACGCCAUUAAGAAACCUCUUUUGUUGGUUGCGCAGUAUUAUUUCAUUAGAAGGUGCCAACCAAAAACACAGCAUUUCCCUUAAUUUCGGUUGUACAAAAAGACGCCACUCUCUUUUUUUAUAAGCUCACAUUGGCUGUAUUUUUCUCAAUCAGUUAAGUGCAAAGUUAUAUUUUGCACAACAGGCGUAUUUUUCCAGUGCUGUAGUAGUACACUUGCUCAUUGCCUUCAACCCCCCCCCCCCCUCCCCGGUAGAUAAAAGUAAUAUUUUUGUGGUGUUGGAUUAACUGGAUUUUUGUUCCGAAUUUUAUUGAUUGAAUCACACAUUAUUCGUUUACAUAAUUUACUUAAUAACAUUUGGUGCGUUGAUUGAUGGCAAAAUGUUAUAUCGGUCACAGCUGCAAUUUAAGACAGAGGUAGACUUUUAAUCUUACGCUGUUGAAAAUGACAAAUAAACUGUUACUGAAAAGCAAACUCA